AUGAAAAUUGUUGCUAUUCUUCUGUUGAGCUCGGCUGUGUUCGCUACAGCAGUAAAUCAACAUCACAAAAUUGAUAUUAUUGAAAACGGAAUAUUUAUCCAACAAACAAUAACACAAUAUGAUGAUCUUCAAAUAAUUGAAGUACCAGAACAUGGCGAUCGUCCUCAUAUUAUGGUCUAUCUUGAUUUUCGUUCCGGUCUUCAAUUGAUUAAAGAUAUAAAAUAUAAGAAAUGUCAAUUGUCCAAUAUGGAACAAGAAACACAAAAUACUAAUCCAAAAUCAAUUUCUAUAGACUCAAGUGAUAAUGGCUUUUCAAUACCAAAUCUUCCAGUCGAUGUCAAUAGUGCUGAGAAGAUCCAUGUUUUCAAAUUAGAACAAGAAGAAGUUAUUCAAAAUACAUCUUAUCUUCGCCUAGAAUUUCAGCAAGCUCGUGCUGGUUUAGGAAUUCAUUGGGCUAAUUCAGUGAAUGAAAAAGAUUUGAAUAGUAUGAUUCGAAAUGGAGAAAUAUUCUAUGAUCGAGAAAAGAAGAUCAUUAUGAGACCAACACAUACAGAUAGUCGACUUAAUCAAAGAAGUCCUUGA